AUGUCAGAAUCCCCCGUUCGUUACGUUCCCCUGGCUUUCGAUAUAGUCACAUCCGGUUUGGAAGACGAGAUCAGCCUGCUGGAACGGCUAGUGGCGAACCAUUUGAUAUUGUCACAAUUCGAGCUCGCCAGAGCGGCUGUCAGGGACCUUGCACGGCUCAGCCGCUCCCGUGCGAUUUCUCUGCUCAGGAAUGUGAUUGUAAGGAGGGGAGAGAUUCCCGGGGCAUCGGUGCCGUCUGCCGCCCAUCUGACGUGGCUGUGCGUUGGGGAAUACAGAGAGCUGCGUAAGGUGCAGGGAGAGCGGGGAGAGAGGGAAGAGCGAGAGGAUUGGGAGAGGGGAGAGAGGGGAGAAAGAGGCGAUUGGGUGAGCGGAGAGAGGGAAGAGAGGGGAGACAGGGGUGACUGGGUGAGGGGAGCAGAUAGAAGAGGCUCUGAAAGGGGUGAUUGGACGGCUGCUUCUGCAGCUGAUGAGGACGGACAGGGAGAGGAACAGGAGGGGGAGGAGGAGGGAGGAGAGGAGCGAGGAGGGAGGGAAACAGGCGAGGGUUUGGAGGAGGAGAGAGUGAUGGCGGAUGAAGCGGAAUUUGACUUGUAUCUGGCCCAGCUCUCACUCAAGGUGCAUGAAUCUGCAUUCUCAGAAAGAGUGGAUCGUCCUGUAACGCGUACAGGCGAGCAGGAGGGGUUAUCUGGAACAGGUAGAGGAGUGCAAGAGCGAGAAAGGGAGGAGGGAGGAGAGACGGAGAGAGAAGGGAAGGACAGAGAAGAGGAGGCUUUGAGGAGAGGGGAGAAGAUUCGUGCAGCAGUCACACUGCUGCAUAACCGAUCGCUCUGGGGCCUUCCCAGUAAACCCCUGGUUGUGGGGAGUAGGCUUAGUGCCAGUGAAAUCGGGAAAGAGGCGAAAGAGGAAGUGUUGGAAGGGUCAGCAGAGGCAACUGAGUCAGUAAGGUCUGCAGUGGUUGAAGAGAGAGGGGAAGUAGCAGCGGAGCAGGGACAAGGCCAUGUUGAAUCAAUCAUCCCUGAUGCAACACCUGUCGGCGUUUCAUUGGUUGUUGGAGAAUACCCAGAGAUCCUCGACGAGCUUUCCAGGAACGUUCUUCGCCAGAGGAGGGCUAGGAGGAGGAUGACGGCGGCAGCGUCGCGAAGAGAGAGACUUGAAAGUGAGGGUAAUUUACCCUUGCAAACAUGGCCACCAGAUGUGCCGGCUGUGAGAUGGGUGCAGGAGGCCCAUCUGGGGGCGGUGGCAUCUCUGCUGGAGGCGAAGGACGUGAAGGGAGCAGUGGGCCGUCUGCGGUACCUGAACGUGGAGUAUGGGGCUGUGGAGGAGGCUCAUUACAGGUCCGCCCUGCACCAGUUGGUCCUUGCACUGCGGCCUCAGGUGCCCCAACAAGCGCCGUCCAGCACUCCUGUUUGGACGGCAGUGAGGAAGGAAGAGACAAGAAUUGCCGUCCAGGAGCUGCUAGCGUCCGGUUCAGUCCACCUGAUCAGGCAGUUUCAGGCUGUAUGGGACGAUCACAUUCACAGCGAGUCCCAGCAAUCCGCCCGCCACUCCCCUAUCGCCCCUCCCUUGGAGGCCUUGCACGCCCUGCUGCUGGCACACGGGCAAGCUGGCAGCAACCCUGCAGCAGAAUCAAAUAAAGCAGAGGACAGCCCAGAAGCGACUGAAGUGGAGGGCAAACUCGAAGCUGCUGCGAUUCACAUAGAAACUUCUUCGUCACACUCAUGUGAAGCGGCUGGAUUGGAGGAGGUGGAGUGGGACGAAGGAGAGCCUAGGGACGAAGGAGAGCCUAGGGACGAAGGAGGUGGUGUAGAGCGCGGGGGAAGAGAGGAUGUGGGAGGAGAGGGUGUAAGAAGGGGGAGUGUGGUGGAGGAGAGGUGUGUGUGGGAGCUUGUGGAGCAUGCGAGAGUGGAGAAGCGAGUGGUGGUGGGGAGUGUGCUUGAGGGAGCUCUGGCUGCUGUGCAUGCGGGGCAGUUCAGCAAGGCCAACAAUAUCCUCGGCUUGUGCCCCCCUCUCCGUCCCCUCACCACACUCAUCGCCUGGGACCUCAUAGGCCCCUCCCACCCCGCCAUCCGCCUGCGUCUCCUUUGGGCUCUCUGGCCUCAUGAGUCUGCCUGUGCUCUGCUGCUGCCCCAUGAAUCCGCCCAUUCCCUACUGCCAAGCAAGCCUCUCGCUGACAACCCCUGGUCGUCGCAGCUGCUGCAGCAGGCUGGCGUGUGCUGCUCUCACCUCAUCUACCACGCACACCUGGCAUUACUCAUUGCUGCUCGCCACGCUGCGUUUCACCCGCAGCAGCAGCAGCAGAAAGGCCGCCAUAAUCUGCAGCAGCAACAGCUUAGCCCUGACCACCACCCGCAGCAUCAGGUACAGCAACAGCAGGAGCUGCAGCUGCAUGCCUCCACCAAUGCAGCACGUGUGUGGAGCCCUAAGGAUGAGACCACACGUGUGUUGAGUCCCAAGAGUGUGGCUCGCAUGGUGCGAGAAGCUGACCCGUUGGUUGCACGGCUGGCGCUGGAGCUGCUGCAGGUGCAGCCGCCCCUGCACGUGCUGCUGUCUCUGGGCUCCGACCUCUUUCGCCCGGGAGAAAUCAUCCAGCUGCUGCAAGCCCAGCCGGGAGCUGGAGACAGCAUGGUUGGCGGCGGCGCAUCUGGCAGGGACUGGGACGUGGAGCUCCUUCACAUGCUGUUUGGCGCCCAGGCAGCUGAAACUGCCGUGCAUGCCAUGGCAGGGAGCGGCAGGGAAGGAGAAGGAAAGGGGGGAGAUGGAACCGGAGGGGUGCAGCAUGGAGCAGCAGAGGCGAUGAGGGCGGUUGCAUUGUUUGAGCAUCAUGCAGCCCGUGUCACCACUGCUGCUCGCAAGAUCUGGAUGGGCUACACUGUGCGCUCGCUGCUUCUCGCCGUCUCCAAUCCACCUUCCACAACGAAUCACAGUCCAGCAGACGACGAGGAUAGCCUGGCAGCUGUCACCAUGGCCCGGCUCCAGCUCCUGGCCAAGCACGAUGCUUCUCAUGCUCAUAAUGAUGCAUAUGCUUCUGCUGAUCAAGCUGAUGUAGACGCUGCUGCUGCCGGUAACAGUGGAGUUGAUGGGUUGAAGAAAGGUGGUGCGACCGCAUCUGUAGCACCAUCAGUACUCCCGGCAGUGGCACCAUCAUCAGCCCCUCCGGCUGUAGCAGUAAUGGAGUCCUUGCUGGCGGCUGUAGCCAGGCAUCUGCCGCCCCAGGGCACGGAGACGCACGGCAUGGCUCGUCCUUUUCUGCUGGACGCGUCUCCCUUGAGCGGCGUGGACAGGCGGGCGGCACGGGCACUGCUAAAGCGGAAGGAUGUGGGGGAGGUGGGAUCUGGUGGAGAUAAGGGAGAUGGAGGGCUGUCUGGGGAGGGUUUGGCUGAACGUGGUUCGGAUUCAGAUGCUUCGGAUUCAGACACUACAUUUGAUGCUUUAGAUGCUGAUUUGUCUGCUGAGCUGGAUGCUGAGCUGGACGCACAGGCGUCUGACGUGGCAGCGGCGGCAGUGGGAGUGCUGGCUUCUGAUUGGAAGCAGAGGGCACAGGUAGUGCGUGAUUGGCUGGACGACUGGCAGUGGCGACUGGCUGUGCUGAAAGCUGAUUGGCUGGGCGUUCUUGCCAGACGGGGGGAAGGGGAGGAGGGGGAGUUGAAAGAGGAGGCGGUGUUGGAAGGGGAGGAAGGGGAGGAGGAGGUGGAGAGGGUAGAAGGCGAAGCGAGUGAUUAUGAGCAGGAGGGUGGAACGGACGGACGUGAGAGGAAGGGAGGAGAGGUGAAAGGGCAGGCAGGGAAGGGGAAGGAGCGGCGACUGCGGAGUGAUUGGUCGGCAUGGGGGUGGCACGAGGUGGUGGCGUGGAUGCGAGUGGAGCCCUCUGCUCUCAUCUCCUGCUGCUUAUCAGUGGGCGACUUCUCUCUCUGCCUGCGCCUCGCUCACUCGACACUUCCCAUUGGCCAUGCACUCAGAGGCACGAGUGCAGCUUUCCGCGUGCCUGGCUCGCCUCACUCACUCCUGUCCGCCUUGUCCCUCUUGUUCCCCUUGUAUCUCCUGCUCCCCCUGUCCUUUCUCGUCAGCUGCCUAUCAGUGGGCGACUUCUCUCUCUGCGACGCACUCGCUCGUCGUUUCCCCCUGGCUGUGCACUCAGAAGCACGAGUGCAGCUCUCUGCUUGGCUCGCCCGCCACCAUCAAUCCAGAGUUGUCCGGUGGGACAGUGUAGGAGGGCGAUUGCACGCCAGCAGCAGCAGUGAUGGCGGUGGUGGUGGUGAUAUUGCUGCUGGCAGUGGUGCGAAUGGGAGGGGAGGUGGGAGCAGGGGUGGGUUGGAGAGGGUGGGGAGUGUGGAGGCGAGGGAGAGGCGAGUGAGGGAGAACGAGCAGGUGGACACACUCUUCUCACUCUUCUUUGCUCCAUCCCUGGCUAUGUGGGAAAUGUUCCCGGCUCUUCACAUGGUACGCGUGGCUCUUCACAUGGUACGCGUGGCUCUUGACAUGGUACGCGUGGCUCUUGACAUGGUACGCGUGGCUCUUGACAUGGUACGCGUGGCUCUUGACAUGGUACGCGUGGCUCUUGACAUGGUACGCGUGGCUCUUGACAUGGUACGCGUGGAUGGUAAUAUGUUCCCGGCUCUUCACAUGGUACGCGUGGCUCUUGACAUGGUACGCGUGGCUCUUGACAUGGUACGCGUGGCUCUUGACAUGGUACGCGUGGAUGGUAAUAUGUUCCCGGCUCUUGACAUGGUACGCGUGGCUCUUGACAUGGUACGCGUGGCUCUUGACAUGGUACGCGUGGCUCUUGACAUGGUACGCGUGGCUCUUGACAUGGUACGCGUGGCUCUUGACAUGGUACGCGUGGCUCUUGACAUGGUACGCGUGGCUCUUGACAUGGUGGCAAUUCUGUUGGAUGCAGCAGCAACACAGGCUCGCACCGCCCCGGACGUCCUUGUGCUGCUCGACCAGGUAUGGUCGCAUUCUCAUUCAGGUAUGGUGCUGCUCGACCAGGCUCGCACUGUCUUUACAGCCUGGCAGGCGGACCAGCAAGGACUGAAGGAGGAAGACAAGGGCCGAGGAGGGAAGAAUCAGCCGGGGAAGCAGCACCAGCAGCAGCAGCAGCAAGAGCGAGAGGAAGACAGUAGCAACAACUUAAACUCAGUGCAGUGGGCUACAGCAGAGCGGCUGCUGCAGCGGCUGGAAGCCAUUCAGAACCAGGACCCCACCACACCUCUCCCGAACCUGCUGGCCGCCGUGCAGCCGCACCUGUCGCCAUCCCCGGGCCUAUCAGGCUCGGCAGGGGUGCGGCGGGGGCCCAAGGCUCGGGCGGUGAUGGCGCUGCAGCAGGUGGUUGCGGAUUGCGAGGCGGGCACGGCGCAGUUUGUCAGUGGCAAGCUCCACAAUCUCAUCCGAGCCUUGGAAGAUCCCGAACCAGCAGCAGACCCACUCUCCCAGGUCAUCCCCGCACCUGCCAUGGCUGCUGGCCAGUCAGGGUCCGCCAUGUGGGGAGGAGCAGGAGGAGGAGCAGGAGGAGCAGGGGGUGGAGGGGGGCCAGCAAGUGCGCCUGGAGUAAAUGCCCCGACUGAUUCCCAAGGCUCGGUGGCUGCUGCAGCUGCGGUGGCAGGCCUAGCUUCGGCAACAGGUUCGGGAGGAGUGGGAGUGGCAGCAGAUUCUCCUGUGCACCCCCCCCCUCUCUCCCCACGCUGGACUCGAUCCUCUUCGAGCCUUGGCCUCUCCGCUGCCGCUGCUGCUGCUGCUGGUGCAUCGGGAGCAGCAAGAGAAGGAGCGUUGGAAGCAGCAGUUGAAGAGCUGUCUGAAGGAGGUUCAACCAGGUCUGCCUCCCUCCCUCUUCCCUCAACUGCUGUUAGUACUUCCUCCUCUGCCGCUGCUCCGUCUCCCCUUCCAGGACUAUCGCGCUCCUCUGUAGGCGCUGUCAGCAUGCCACCUCCCUCCACAACCACUACCAUCACAAGCACCCCAUCUGCCACUUCAGCUGCUUCAGCACGCACAUCUGCUCCUCCUGGUGCCGCGUCAGGUGCCAUCUCAGGUGCCUCUUCAGGUGCCAGGGCGUCUGCCCCGCUCCCUCCUGUGCCGCGAUCCUCCAUGCCCAGUCUCUGGCCCUUCUCUUUCAACUCUACAAACGCCAAGCAGGCUUGUGCUGCAGCAGAGGGGCAGGCUGUAGUGGGUCUACAGUCCCUUCUAGGGUCUAGCACUGGUGGAGAGGCAGCAGGAGCAUCAAAAGCAGCAGGAGCAGCAGCAGGAGGAGCAGGAGGGACAGGAGGGGGAGGAGAAAGGGGUGGAGAAAAGGGAGGAGGAACGGCAGGAGCAUUAUCAUCAGCAGCAACAGCAGCGGCAGCAGCAGCAGGGUUGCGAGGGCCGGGGAAGCAACCUUGGGAUCAUCCCAAGGGUUACCUGCCAGUUUUCUUAAACUAUGUGGUUCAAAUCGGGGAUAUUGUUGACGAUAGUGACCCCAGCCACCCCUUUAACUACUUCUCUUUACUAAACGUCGACCCAGUGGAGCUUUUAAGAGAGCUUGUAUUUGUGAGAGGGGAUAUUGCUGCUGCAUUGCAUGUCGCUGGGAUCAUGGGUAGGGAUUCUCUACCUGCUGAUAUCAUCCCCGCAGCUCUCCCGAGCCUGCUGCCGCCAGUGCCGAGCCUGAAGCUCUGCUCUGUGGCUCGGCGUUUCCGAAGCAGAAUUCUGGGCAGGUCCGGAGGAGGACCAGGACAGGGUAGGCCCGGUAGGGGCAAGGUAGCAGGAGGAGUGGGAGGGGUGGAAGGUGCGGAGAAGCUUCUGAUGCCUUCACCGUAUGAGGCGCCGAGGGGCAAGGGAGGGGGAGUGGGAGGAGCAGGGAGUGCUGUGGAGGCAGAGGAGGAAGCUGCGAAGAAGCUGAUGGAAUAUGCACGCGUGCACUCUGCCAGCACCCCAAUCAUCCAUCGGUGGGUCACUCUGCAAUAUGCAAUCCACUCCAUCGCCAUCGCUGCCGCUAAAGCACCUCUCUCGCUCCUUCCUUCCACCCCUCUCUCUCUCCCCUCCCCCCUCUUCUCUGCCCCCAGCACCCCAAUCAUCAACCGGUGGGUCACUCUGCAAUCCGCAAUCCACUCCAUUGCCAUCGCUGCUGCUAAAGCACCCUCCCGACCUCCCAAGCAGCACUCAGAAGCAGCAGCAGCAGCAGCAGCAGCAGCAGCAGGAGCAGGAGCAGCAGCAGCAGCAGCAGGAGGAGGAGCCACAGCAGGUGGGGGGGGCACAGUGGGCGGAGGAGGCAGAGGCGGGCCAGUGGGUGGGGAGGGUGCAGGGAUGGUGGAGGCUGCACGGGUGAGGGGAUUAGCGGAGGGAGGAAUGCAGAGAACAGCCGUGUCGGUAGGGCAACAGGAGGCAUUGAGGGAACAGCCCUUGAGUUGGGGGGGUAGCUCUAGCAUUGGAGGGACCUUGCCUGUGCAUUCGCCUGGUAGCAGCAGCAGGAGGGGUGGGAGGGCGUUUACCGGGUCAGCCCUCCUGCUUGCAGGGCAAGAGGAGGUACUGAGGGAACAGCCCUUGGGCCAGAGUAGCUCUAGCCUUGGAGGGACCUUGCCUAUGCAUUCACCAGGUAGCGGCAGCAGGAGGGGUGGGAGGGCGUUUACCGGGUCAGCACUGCUGCUAGCAGGGCAGCAGGGAACACCAAGGAGAGUGAGAGGGGCGAGAUUGCCUGGAGCAGGGGGGGCAGCAGACAGUAUCGGUGGGCCGGUGGUGGGUAAAGGACAGGUGGGUGAAGGAGGAGGAAGAGGCACAAAACGGCCUCUUGCUGCUGAAAGUGAUGUGGUCAAGGUGGGAAGUGGGGAGGGGGUUUCUCUGUGUACAGGAGAAACAAGACAUGCGAAUGCUGGUGUUGCUGAGAGAAGUGAAACAGGGGAGGAUCCAGCUCAGGGGGAUCCCAGCACAAUGCCAGACCAGGGGGGGGUGGCAGGAGAGGAGAGGAGAGCGAGAGGAGAAGUGAGGGAGGAGCAGGGGACUUGUGAAGGGGCAGCAGCAGCAGCAGGAGUUGCAGGGGCAGCAGGGGCGGCAGGGGCGGCAGGGGCAGCAGAGGCAGCAGGGGUGGCAGGGGUAGCAGGGGUGGAAAGGGUGGCAGGGGCAGCAGGGGCGGCAGUGGCAGGUGGUCGGUUGGAGGCUCUGUUGACAGAGUGGGAGGAUUUGCGGCCUGUGAGGAUUCACCUGGAGAGCCUGAUUGCUGACUCGCGAUUGGCCGAAGCUCUUGAGCUGGCAGACACGUGGCUGCCUGAGGGGGCGCCAGAUCACCUGCUGUGUCUGCUCGUGGAGCAGUCUGAGGGCUCUGAUGGUGCCAAUGCUGCUCACACGCAUACGACAGGGGUAGCAGGAGUGGCAGGAGGAGACAUGAUGCGGUUCCAGAAACUGCCUGCUACGCAGGCAAGCAGGCUGCAGCAGAGCCCUCGGAGUGGAAGCGUAGGGUUUGCGAGUCCUGGUGGUAGUGGUGGUGGUGGUGCUGCUGCUGCUGCUGCUGCUGGCGGUGCUGGUGGGGGGGGUGAGGGGGGGAUUCGUGGUGGAAGUGCUGGCAGGGGGGUGAGGAAGCCGGUGACAGCGGGUGACAGCUGGCGGUUUGUGAUUCGUGUGGCUGACAAGGAGCUUGCAGCCACCCUGGCGCUCAGGUACCAUCACAGCUGGCAGCUGGCACACAUCCACACCGUAUUCAACACCUGCCUCUCACACCUCCCCGCACACUCGCCCCUGCGGGAUCAGAUCCUCACCUGCAAGUCAUCUGUGGAUCAGUACACUCGCAUCCGCUCCAUUCUCAAUGACAGAACCCUUGCCACGUGGCAGCAG